AAAAUGUUUCCAAUGAGCUCUCAAAAGAUGUACUGGAUAUUCAGUGAUGAAAAUGACAUCACGGAACUUCGCGAGAAGACUAACUCGGAAUUCAUCGACAAGCAUGGCGUGAACGUGCCGCGCGAUCAAAGAGAGGAGCAUUUCCUAACGACUUCGGAAGAACGGAUAUUACUCAAAUUCUAUGAAUUACAACUCCGAGACUUCUGUCGCAGAUUUGUUCCGCCCAUGCCAAGACCUACCGUAGCAACUGCGCUUCACUACUUCAAGAGGUUCUAUUUAAGGAACAGCGUUAUGGAUUACCAUCCUAAGGAAAUCCUUGUCACAUGCGUCUACCUUGGCUGCAAGGUAGAAGAAUUCAAUGUCUCAAUAUCCCAGUUCGUAGCGAAUAUCAAAGGAGACAGAGAAAAGGCAUCAGACAUCAUUUUAAACAACGAAUUGUUACUCAUGCAGCAGCUCAACUAUAACUUGACUGUCCAUAAUCCUUUCAGGCCUGUAGAGGGCUUGAUGAUCGAUAUAAAGACCAGAUGCACAUCACUUGAAAAUCCAGAGAAGCUCAGACCGCAUAUCGACGAUUUUCUUGAAAGAGUGUUUCUCACAGAUAGUAUUCUGAUUUACGCUCCGAGUCAAAUUGCUUUGGCUGCCACCUUGCACGCAGCGUCGAGAGCUGCUGCUAAUCUAGACAAUUACGUAACAGACACACUGUUCUCGAGGGAACAUUUGCCAGGAAUCAUCGAGGCUGUUAGAAAAAUAAGAUCAAUGGCCAAGUGUGUUGAGCCUCCAACAAGAGAAGUGGUCCGGUCUCUCGAGAAGAAACUGGACAAGUGCCGAAAUCAAGCGAAUAAUCCAGACAGCGAAAUUUACAAACAAAGAAUGCAGGACAUGCUGGACGAGGAUGAUUUACGGGAUAAUGAAAAAUACGCAAAAAUCAUUCAAGACCAAGCAGAGCAUGACGAGAAAGUAUUGGGCGUGAGUAAAUCUCUAUCUCCAUCGGCGUUGUAGCAUCGAAAGGUUUGCCACUAAAUUUCUCAAAAGACUUCAACUUACGAAAAUAAGUAAUCUUUAAGCACAGGGCGUAGAGGACUGUGUGAUAUUUCACACUUAUCAUCGUUUCAUAUUCAGUCAGUUGCACUAGCAUAUCUUGCUUCUUUUGUGCUACAUCUUGUUUUCAUUUCUUUGAAAUUACGAAAAGUGAUCUACAAAAUUUGAGUAUUCACUGCAAAUCCUGAUUGAACCCAUAUGAUUCAAUUGUAUUCGACAGUGUCACUCAUAAUGUUCAAGACAACAGUUUAACAUUUUCCAUCCCAUGUUUUAAUCAUUUUGGGUGUCUAGCGACAUGAUAAAGUUGAUAAUUCUCUAAAACUUGUAAAAUGAGUCUAGUUUCUUGAAUUUUGUACUAUCAACUUUCUUUUACAACUAGACUCUGAAGGUAAAAUUCUGCUAUAUAAAUAAAAACUAGCGAAGCUCUCAAUAAAGUCUAUAUUUCAUAACAUAUACAAUACUUAGAAGCAAUGAACACCACUUUAUUUUUGUAGAUGAAAAUAGUGUUUUUGAAAAUUGAAAUCCUUGAAGAAUUAUAAACUGUAUCACAACUGGAUAUCCCCUUAAUUUUAAUUUUCAAGUAGACUCAGGCAGCAAUAAAACUUUAUUCCUGUCUUAACCGUAAUGGCCACUUUAUUGACCUGCAAAGGCCGACAAAAGCAGCUUAUCAUUCCCUGUUGUACUUUUCUCCACAAAUUUUUUUUUUUUUUGUUCCCUUGUUUUUCCCUUAAAUGCGGUUUCAACUUUUAAAGUCAAUAAAGUUGCGACAGUCAAGUCCGGAAUAAAGUCCUAUAUGCAACACGGGUAUAAAGACUAUUAUUUCUUUAUCACAUAAUGUGCUAUUAAAGACAGUAAAAUAAAAAAAACUGGAAACAAAACGGAAUAAUUGUUUCUCAGUUACUGUCAAAAAUUGUGUAUCUCUAACGACUACAAUCUCGGGGCGUAGUACAUAGGUAUUCAUUUUGUAAUUAUAAACUUCCAAUAUCUCCAGUACCUUAUAAAAUAUGUUCGUACCCAAAGCAAAGAUUUUUCACUAAAUCGUAAACUAAUGUAAAUCAGUUGACCGAAACGCGUGUAUGGGGCAUUCCACGUCAAGUCAGCCACCUCCAGACCUCACUACAUUUGAUUUCAUUCUUCUAGGAUUUUGUUAUACCAUGCGAGAGUGGUGUCUCUGAUUUUUUCAAAAAUUUUCGGAGCCUCCGUUCCGGAGUUCUUGCAAACCUAAAUUUUACGAUAUUCCAAAAAUUUACGAACUUUUAAUCGAUGAUACCUCCAAAUUGAACAAUCGUAUCAAAAUCAGUAAGGUGGUGUUUCGAAUCGUCUUGAAUUCAAGUGUUUGAAAAAAAAAUGUUUUGCAGAUAUUUUCCGCGACAUUUAAGCUGUCGUAACUGAUGUUCAAAUAAAAAAAUCAAAAUUCCAUCAAGUAUAUUAUUUUUGAAAAUUUUGAAACAUUUUUUUUUCGGUUGACGAAGUUGACGUGGAAUGUUCCAUAUACAAACUAAUGGAUAACAAAUAUGCGAAUUAUUCGGAGUACCUUAGGUAGAGAAAAACAAUGUUCAAUUUACGUUGUCCUAAUGAAUCAGUUAAUUGGAAUCUGAGUAUCCGGUGCAAUCGGCGUACAAAACUAUUUACUUGAUUGCUUUAUCUGCUCGAAGAUUUCUCAAAUAACACUGUAAAAUUUAACGCUACGUUACAACAACCGUGUUUUGCUUAUCAUCCAAUUACUACAUUUUUAUUUCAAAUGUGUAAUCAACACCUGAAGUUUCCAAUUUAGAAAAUCGAAACCUAAGUCCACCGUGGCUUUUGGUACUGAAACAGCCACAAAGAUUACAUAACCACGUAUCUCCUUAGUUCGCAGUUGAAAUGAUAGGGUGGCGACAGACUGGGAAAACCGGGAAUAGUCAGGGAAUUUCGUAUAUUGGAAAAAGACUGGGAAAAAUCAAAGAAUUAUGAUGGACUAUAAAGAAAAACGUACUUUUUCUAUAAAUCGUUUUCAAACUUCAACUGAGCUUCGUAAAUUCAGUUAAGCUAACCGUCUAAAAUGGUAUUGUUCAAUUUCUAAGUAUUUGUGUGAAACUAAGCAAUACUAUGUGCUUUUUAGAUCCAAAUUUAUAUAUUCAAGGUGCGGAACUUCUGGAGCUUUUCGUCAUAAAAGCUGCUCCACAUUACCUAUGUUUUGUGGAAAAACGUUAGAGAAUUCUGCAUUUUCUAACCCUAGACGGGGCAACCUAAUUUUUAUACCUUCUACGGGGUAACUGGGGCAUCGGAGUACCCCAAGCGUUUCCAAACAAUGCAAGCCUUUCUAGUUCCAAUAAGAUAGGUUUAUUAUGCAUCAUUUUCUUCGUUUUUUAAUCAUCAACACGAAGGUAUAUAUUAAAAUCCCUUUUCUUUGAGAUGAAAACGAGAAGAACUUGUUUAAAGCAAAAAAAAAAAAAAAAAGGGCGGUGAA